CGGUUGGGUCACGUGAGGCACUUGUGCGUCACCUGACGCACUUGACAGCCAGUUGCCGACGACGCGUCAGCUGAUUUUGGAGUCGCGUUGAGUGCCGGCCUGUUGGGGCUCUUCGGUCCUGCCGCCCCUGCUGCAGCCAUGUCGUUCUUCCCGGAGCUAUACUUCAACGUAGACAAUGGCUACUUGGAGGGACUGGUGCGCGGCCUCAAAGCCGGGGUGCUCAGCCAGGCUGACUACCUCAACCUGGUGCAGUGCGAAACGCUGGAGGACUUGAAGUUGCACCUGCAGAGCACAGACUAUGGCAACUUCCUGGCCAAUGAGGCCUCACCUCUAACAGUGUCAGUCAUCGACGACAGGCUCAAGGAGAAGAUGGUCGUGGAGUUCCGCCACAUGAGGAACCAUGCCUAUGAGCCUCUUGCCAGUUUCCUGGACUUUAUUACUUACAGCUACAUGAUUGACAAUGUGAUCCUGCUCAUCACGGGCACGCUGCACCAGCGCUCCAUUGCUGAACUUGUACCCAAGUGCCACCCACUAGGCAGCUUCGAACAGAUGGAGGCCGUGAACAUCGCACAGACACCUGCUGAGCUCUACAAUGCCAUUCUGGUGGAUACGCCCCUGGCGGCUUUUUUCCAGGACUGCAUCUCAGAACAGGACCUUGAUGAGAUGAACAUUGAGAUCAUCCGCAACACACUCUAUAAGGUAGAGCCCUGCGUGAGCAGUGGGGGAUUAGCCUGUUGGCAGGAGGCCUACCUGGAGUCCUUCUACAAGUUCUGUACCUUACUAGGUGGGACCACAGCUGAUGCCAUGUGCCCUAUCCUGGAGUUUGAAGCAGACCGCCGAGCCUUCAUCAUCACCAUCAACUCUUUCGGCACAGAGCUGUCCAAGGAGGACCGUGCCAAGCUCUUCCCACACUGUGGGCGCCUCUACCCUGAAGGCCUGGCUCAGCUAGCUCGGGCUGAUGACUAUGAGCAGGUCAAGAAUGUGGCCGAUUACUACCCGGAAUACAAGCUGCUUUUUGAAGGUGCAGGUAGCAAUCCUGGAGACAAGACCCUGGAGGAUCGAUUCUUUGAGCAUGAGGUGAAACUGAACAAGUUGGCCUUCCUGAACCAGUUCCACUUUGGAGUCUUCUAUGCCUUUGUGAAGCUCAAGGAGCAAGAGUGUCGCAAUAUUGUGUGGAUCGCUGAGUGCAUUGCACAGCGCCACCGCGCCAAGAUUGAUAACUACAUCCCCAUCUUCUAGCCUCCUGACCAAGUGUUGUGUAUAUGUCUGGGUGUGCUGUGAUGAAGCCCAUGGCUCACCUGCCUGCCCUGGGGGUGGGUAGCGCAUUGUUGUAGGGGCCGGGCAGCUUCCCUGACACCUCCCCACCUUCCCACUCUUAGGUCUGAAAAGAGCUGGGCACUUUUCCCCGACCAAGAAUGGACCAAGACCCCUCAGAGCAUUGAGGCCCCAUCAGCUCUGUUUACAGCCACUUACAUGUCUGAAAAGCAUGUGGUUACUUUCACAUCCCUCUCUAACCUGAGAACCCUGGGGACAGUAAGAGCCUCCUUUUCCAGAGCCCUGGCCCAUGGGAAGAAUAGACUAUGUAUAUCCUUGGGGCAUGGGGAAAGUAGUUCUUCCUUAGCUCUGGACCUGAGACAAUAAAACUGCCCUAAGACCA